AUGAAAUCUGUAGAGAAGUGUAAACAUCAUCUAAAAUGCCAAUAUGAAAUAACAAAACAAAAGAAAGAAUUAGAUGCAAAUCAAAAUUUGGAAGAUAAUGAAAAUAAACCUAAAGAUAAUAUAGUUACAAGAACUUUUGUUCCUAUACUUCUUUUAUUUUAUAAUGAAAAUAUUACUAUUAAUAAUAUUCUUAAUUGCAUACAAACUGAGAAUUCAUCUCUGAUAUAG